GCUCCAUGAUUCUCCAAAAUACCCGGUCAACAACUUGACUAAUUCACAAACAAAACUUGCAGCAACACCUCAACAAUUUACGUAACAAAAUGCAAGUUGUUGACCCUUUUACCCCUGGAUCAAUCAUGCCCUUGAUCCGUUAAACCGCGACCCGAUAACACACCGGCCCGUGACCCGUAACAUCAAGAUUAACCCAACAUUCACCCCCUUAAUCUUGAUUCGGUUCUUUCUUCUGGCUUGUCUUCAGUCUUGCUAAACUUUAUUGAUUCGAACCCGUUCUUGUUUGCUUGUCGAAUCUUCUUGCUAACUUUCAUACUUUCUGAACUUGCUCUUUCUUUCUUGCUCAAUCCAAGUUCAACUUUCUUGCUAUUUGAAUCAUUAAGAUUCAAUCUUUCUACUUUCUACGAGCCAAUAUGACUCGAUUCUUGCUCUUGCUUCACGAACCACGCGGGCCCGACCUUUCUCUUUCUUACGUGAACGCUUUCGGUCUCUCGUUCACGACUCGGUCUAUUGUGAACUCUUUCGGACUUUGUUCACAAUUUCGGUCUUUCUUUCUUUCUUCGCUGAUUUCAAUCAGCCGUUCUCCAUUCUUGCUUACGGUUGUCGGCUUUCUUUCUACAUCGACACCGGUUCUUUCUUUCUUGUGACGGCUCUUUCUUUCUUCUUUCUUGCACCGCCAUUACUCUCUCAUUCUUUCUUGCUUACUUUCUUUUUCUUUCGUUCUUGCUUUACUGAUUUCAAUCAGCUCUCCUUUCUUCUUUCUUAUUCGACCGGUUACCUUUCGUCUUUCUCUUCCCGGCCACCUUCCUUCUUCUUUCUCUUUCUAGCAACUUCUUUCACUUUCCCUGUUGCUGCUUUCUUGCAUCAUAUCGAGAUCAUACACUGCUACUGCUUCCUCUUCUCAGUUAACCUGCAACUUUCUCGUCUCUCAAUUUUCUCAGCCCCGCAAUUUAGAGGGCUGCUACCCCUUCUCCGAACACGCCUCUCAAAACGGCGAACACCGUUUCUCGACCCUCGCUCUGAUACCAAAUGUUGGUUACAGGCCCCAAACUCUACACACUAACAACUCUCACUAUGUAUAUAUUAUGAAGGUGAACAAUUGCAGUGAACAAACAAACGAAAAGGGUACUGUAUUCUCUAAAAGAAAAGGGGUACAAUAGAAAGCCAACUAACUCUAUCCUAUUUAUAAUAAACUAAACAAAUUAAAACACAUGCUAAAUUAUGAGAACAACCCACGUAAUGUGCAUGCUCCAUGAUUCUCCAAAAUACCCGGUCAACAACUUGACUAAUUCACAAACAAAACUUGCAGCAACACCUCAACAAUUUACGUAACAAAAUGCAAGUUGUUGACCCUUUUACCCCUGGAUCAAUCAUGCCCUUGAUCCGUUAAACCGCGACCCGAUAACACACCGGCCCGUGACCCGUAACAUCAAGAUUAACCCAACACCCCUUACCAUAUGUUUGCGUUGUUUGAAGUGGUUAUUUCGGGCCGUGUUUAGUUCAGGGGGGAAAACGAAUGAAAACACAGAACAACGCCAAUAUGUUUUGCAAGUUGGAAAUGAAAACCAGCUUGCUGACAGCACGUUGAAACGUUUAUUAAGAUCUUUCAGCGAAUUGAUCAAAAAGAGUGAAAAGAAAGAACCCAAAAGUCUCUUGAAUCUAAUUAAAGAAAACCCCAAUAAAAAUUUUCAAGGAGUUAGAAUGUUCGACAAGGACGAUCAUCAUGUUCAGUGUUCACCAUUAAAAGUAGAAUAUCUGGAUUGUUGGAGCUUAACAGUGGUAACCUUAACAACCAUUGCCAUUACUCUUCCUAACAUUGAAAAGGUGAAACUUGAUAACUUGUUGAAAAGUGUGCGGCAAGGCCUUCAAUACGUUACACUUGUAGAAGAAACCCUCGAUGUUAAUGUUAGCAUUCAAAAGGCCGCAAAAAUACUGUGGGAAGAGGUUGAUUUCUGCCACAAAUGGUUAGGAAACAAGUUGAAAAAAAUUGCUUCUCAAGUGAAAAAAGAUGGUGCCCAAGUAGAUACAAAUAUGCAAAUUGUUCAAUUGUUCUUGAAGAAAGCUACAUCCAAGAUCGAGGAAGGGAGGGGAAGUCCGAAUAUUUGUGGAAACUCAAUGUAUCGUGUCACUGAAACCAUCAUUAGAGACAAAGAAAGCCACAAGGAAUUAUUCGAUGAAUUAUCAUCAAGGAUCACCGACAUAAUGGCUGCAUGUCUCACCAACCUACCUCAAGCCAUAGCAAAGAAGUGCCACACUAGUGUGAUAGAGAAAAGGGAGGAAAGUGUUAAAGGUGCAGUCAAACUUCUAGGUGAGACUAAGGAGAUAAUCAACAUCCUUCAAGAAGAUUACGAUAUUCCAAAUAUGGAACUAAAAGACUUGCCAUUUAUUGAUAAAUGGUGUGCUUAUUUUAGUGGACCCUGAAUCACAGCAAUAAAUUAAUAUGAUUCAUAUGGACCACACCUACUCCUCAAAGUAAAUCUGAUGAGAUCAAGAUCGAAUUAAUAUGAUCCUUUUAAAAAGUGUGUUUUAUAUCGGUUUCUAGUUAAUUGUAAAGUUAUAUAACAAGUUCUUCUGGUGAAGUCCUUGUUUGUAAUAAUGUACCCUUUCCAAUCCUACAUGUAAGAUAUAUUUUG